UCAGAUUCAACCGGACUCUAAGACACACUGGAGCCUUUGACAUCACAACACACAGACACACACAGACACACAGACACACACAGACACGCACAGACACACACAGACACACACAGACACACACCUCUCUCGGCAACGGCGUUUCAGACCAACUUCUCAACAUGCUAACAAGGACUCUGCUGGUUCUCUGCUUGCUGGCGAGGAUGGGCCUCACAGCACCGGUUGAGGGAGUCGGAAAAACCGUUAGUCCAACAGAUGCUUCUGCAGUAAUUAAAGGAGUAGGAAACACCAUCGGUCCAAAAGAUGAUUCUGCAGUCGAUGAAGACCUGAUCACAGACUCGCCCGACGCUGCAGAAUCCCAGGAGCAGGUGAACGACCAGGAGGACCCACAGCCAGGAGGAGACAGCAGCCAGGAGGAGAAGGAUGUGGACCUGGAAGACAAGACGUCGGAAGAGAAGGAGGAGGAUCUCCUAGAGAACAGUUCAGAGGAGGAGGAGGAGGAGGGAACAAAGGAGGAGAGUUCAGAGGAGGAGAGUCCAGAGGAGGAGGAGGGACCAAAAGAGGAGAGUUCAGAGCAGGAGAGUCCAGAGGAGGAGGAGGGACCAAAAGAGGAGAGUUCAGAGGAGGAGGAGGGACCAGAAAAGGAAAGUUCAGAGGAAGAGGAGGAGCCAGAGUCAGACCAGAAGAACGAUAGCACCGCCGCUGGUGUGGCAGAUGAUGCUGAUGAUAAUAAUGACGACUCUGACGAGGCUGGACAGUCCGGCAAGCCUAGCGAGUCUGACAAGGUUACCAUGGUUACCACGGCUAGCUGGGUUAACGACUCGAGCGAGAAUAGAGAGGUUAACGACCCUAGGGAAUAUACCAAGGCUACCGAGGAUAGCGACUCUAGCGAGAAUAAAGAGGUGAACGACUCCAGCAUGGUUACCAAGGCUACCGAAGCUAGUGAGGAUAGCGACUCUAGCGACAAUAGAGAGGUUAACGACUCCAGCAUGGUUACCAAGGCUACCGAGGAUAGCGACUCUAGCGAGAACAAAGAGGUUAACGACUCUAUCGAGGCUACCGCAGCUAGCGAGUCUGACGAGGUUGCCAUGGUUACCGAGGCUAGCGAGGAUAGCGACUCUAGCGAGAACAAAGAGGUUAACGACUCUAUCGAGGCUACCGCGGCUAGCGAGUCUGACGAGGUUGCCAUGGUUACCGAGGCUAGCGAGGAUAGCGACUCUAGCGAGAAUAAAGAGGUUAACGACUCUAUCGAGGCUACCGCGGCUAGCGAGUCUGACGAGGUUCCCAUGGUUACCAAGGCUAGCGAGGAUAGCGACUCUAGCGAGAAUAAAGAGGUUAACGACUCUAUCGAGGCUCCCGCGGCUAGCGAGUCUGACGAGGUUGCCAUGGUUACCAAGGCUAGCGAGGAUAGCGACUCUAGCGAGAAUAGCGAGGUUAGCGACUCCGGCGAGGUUACCAAGGCUACCGAGUCUAGCGAGGACAGCGAGUCUAGCGAGGACAGCGACUCUAGCGACAAUAGCGAGGUUAGCGACUCCAGCGAGGUUACCAUGGCUGGCGAGGCCAGCAAUGCUAGCAAGGCUAUCGAUGCCAGCGAUGCUAGCGACUCUAGCGACUCUAGCGAAUCUAGCAAGUCUAGCGAAUCUAGCGACGCCAGCGACGCUGGUGAUGCUAGCGACUCUAGCGAGGCUAACAAGGCUAACGAGGCCGGUGAGGCUAGCGAGGUCUCCGAAUCCAACGAGUCGAGCGAGGAGUCGGAACAGAAGCUAGCAGAGGAGCUGGACGAGAUGCUUGAAGGAUGUCCGACGAUCCCUGAGGAGGUGGAGAAGGCGCAGUUGGAGCAGGAGGAGCAGGCCUCAGCAGCAAGCAGCAGCGAGGAGACACCAGACGACGUUGGGGCCCACAGAGAGUGGCCCGAGGCCGAGGCGCCCGGGACCAACGACCCUCCGCUUCGCUGA